AUGCGCACUCGUCAUCAAGAUGGUAAACACAAACCUUCCAUUGAAAUCAAACCAAUUUACUCUAAAUUUACUCGAAACAACCUAGAUACAACCGAGAGGAAAAAUUCACAAAAUAUCAAAACUUGGAACUUGAAAGUAGAAAAUUCACCUAUGAAUUCCAGGACUCCCACGACUGAAUUUAAAUUAGAUUUGGGAAAUCCAAGUCCAAUCGAAGCUUUAAAGAUAACAACUGUAGUUGAAAUAAUGCGUGAGAAGGGAAAAGCAAAAGAAAAUGCAAUCAAAUCACGUUCAAAACGUGAAACAAUAAGUAAGUUAAUAUCUAUUGCUGCAAAACCUCAUAAUAAUUCCGCAAAUGGAAGCACUAAUAAGGACGAAUUGAAAAAAUUAUAUCGCCAACCAAAACUUCCCUCAGAGGAACAGAAGCUAUCAGCAACCAAAAUUACAUCUCCUCUAGAUAUAGGGUUUAAAGACAAUUUAAACAUUUUUGAGAAAAAAUAUGGUGCACAAAAUAAUAAUGUGCCUCAUCCAUAUUCGUUUCUUGCACCUUCAUUGGCCCUUGCAGCAUAUAAUGAUACAGUCGCCAGUGAAGUGGAUGAUUUAAAUAUUACUCCGCCAAAACCAAUUAAAAGAAAAACUGUGACACCAAAAGUAGAGAUCAGGUUUCCAUUGUCCACCACAAGAUCACCAAACUUUUUCAAAGUUAAAAGUUUCAAUUCCAAACCAGAGUUAAAAACUUUGGGACCUCGACGUUUUCAGAGUUCUAGUAUUCCCUUGGCUCAAGAAACGAAAAAUACAACUUAUAUCAAUCUAGAAGAUCAUAUAAAGAACCUUAAUGAAGGAAAGGUUGAGAGACAGACUGUUCCUGGUUAUCCAUCGGACAUUCCACCAUAUAAUCCAGAUAUUAUACCUUAUGUAGAAGUCCCAGAUUACUCAGACAGACGCGAGGAAAGUCUUGACAAGAAGGAUCAAUUGGUCGCCAACAAGAAAAACAAGGACUAUGAUGAUCAGGAUUUUGUCGAUCCUACUGCUCCUUUACCUGCUGGAAAAAAUAAAGAGCUGGAUGCAGUGAAAGAAAGUCAGAAACCAAAAGGCCGUGCUCAAACUCCAUACGUCGAUAUUCAGGACAAUAAACCAAUCAAGGACGUUGAUCCAAAGAAUCUAGAAGCAAUUCCUAUUUCCGCAGCUGAAGAAUCUGACGAAUCGUUAGUUGAUGCCCAAGAACCAUCUGAGGAAUCGAAAUCAAAGGAGGAACUAGUUGAAGAUGUUAAACCGGUAAAAUUCGAUAUUAAUGAUUACAAAAAGCCAUUCAAUUUUAAAGAGCUCUUCAAGGAACUCAAUUUGCCAAUUGACGACGAAGAUGAAGAUCAAAAAGCAGAAAAAGAAGAAAAAGAAGAAAAAGAAGAAGCUGAAGGAAACUAUUCUGAAAUAUAUGCCGACCCAUCUCAAGAAUCUUCCACAACAGAAGAAACAUCAUUUGAAAAUUCGUACGACAACGAAAAUGAAAAUGAAAAUUCAACAGAAGCAGAAAAGGGGGAUGAUGACCACACAAUUGAAGACUUGAAAUCCGUGAUAAUUACUGAAGACGAAUUUAAAUAUGGAGACAGAGAUUUCUUCAAACCCUUCUUCGGGGGAAAGCCAAAGAGAAGCUCACAUGAAUUUUAUUAUGAUGGCGAUAAGGAAGAAAACGAAAGGAGGGAAGCUUCUAAUCAAAAAGAUGUUUCAGCUAAAAGAUAUGGAAUAGAUGAAGAAAAGUUGCCACCUCUUUCUGAUAUUUUAGCGAAGAAGGAUUCAUUUUCGAGAUUAUCAACAAAUGUUGAGGAGGAUGCGAAAAAAAGAGGCAAGGUUCCAAGAGAGUAUAAAAAUGAAUGGGUGUUAGAAUAUGAAUUCCCGAAGAAGAAAAAAGAAGAGGGCAGAACUUGAGCCAAAGAAAUGUUGAACUUUCAAAUUUGAGGUUUAAGACAUAAUUUUCUAUUCUGAAUAAGUAUACUUUGUAAUGUUCCUUUGCAUAUGCAAAAACUAUACUUGAAUGAAUGGAAAUUAAAGAGGGUGACCACUGAAUCGGGAAAUGAUCAGAAAUGAUUGAGGCCGUGAAAACCGGGCAAUUACAGUGAAUUUAAUUGUGAAAUCGCUUAUUUUACAAUACAUAAUUUUAAAAUCAUUUACAUUAAAAAUGUUAUAUAUUUUUGAAUUAAAAGAAUUUUAAAAAAGUUUUUCAGAGUUUAACGACUG